AUGGCCACCGCACUGCAACAAACUGAUGACCAGGAUCACUUCAAUGACUGGCCAAAUGAACCAGGCUUUGACGCAAAUUACGAGGAACGGACUCCAGUUGAGUUGGAUGUCGCCGGCCAUAUCCCAGCGUAUGCAGCUGGGAUUCUCUAUCGAACCGGACCAGGACGAUAUUCGGUCGACACAGAGCAAGGUGAAACGUUCAAGCUGUCCCACUGGUUCGAUGGGUUUAGCCAAACCCAUCGAUUUCAGAUCAUUGUCUCGGAUGAUUCGCCAACCUCCACACGGGUUUUCUAUAAUUCCCGCUUCUCUACCGAUCAUCUGAUUGAGGAGGUUCGGCGGACUGGCCAACUGGCCAGCAUAAGCUUUGGACAGAAGCGGGAUCCGUGCAAGACCGUCUUCCAGAAAGUGCAAAGUUCCUAUGAUCCCACCGAUCCGUCCAUGCAUAACAUCGGUGUGACCCUCUCGAUCAACAUGCCAGUGAUUGAUGGUCCCUACUCAGGUGGUGAAAUAAAUGAAGUCAAUGGGGGCCGUUGGACCAGCGCUUCCGGAAUAAAAACCUUGUAUGGAAAGACGGACACCAGCAACUACAAGAAAAUCGACCCCGAAACUUUGGAACCGAUCGGACUAGCCACGCAGGCAAAUCUACAUCCCCAGUUGGAUGGACCUCUCUCGGCAUCCCAUGCACGGUCGGAUCCAGUCACCGGAAGCAUGUAUAACUUCAAUCUCACGUUUAGCCCUGCUCCCAUCUAUCGCAUCUUCUGUGCGUCCGCUUCGACCGGUGAAACGAAGAUCCUGGCCACCUUCCCCGGGAUCCCAGCAUACCUCCAUUCUCUCCUACUCACCGAGGACUACGUCCUUCUCUGCGUAUGGAACUCCCAUGUCUCCCCGGCCAAUUUUCAAGGCAGUUUCCUCGAGGCCAUCCAGCCUUAUGACCCGUCCAAACCAGCAACGUGGUAUGUUGUGGACCGCAAGGGAGACCGGGGACUGGUAGCGACAUACGAGAGCAGUCCCUUCUUUUGCUUCCACACCAUCAAUGCGUGGCAGGAACCUUCGCCGAGCGACCAGACCAAAACCGAUAUCGUGGCUGAUCUGGUCACGUAUGGCAACAUAGAUAUUCUCCAUCAAACGCUGUACGAGAACAUGAUAUCGAAUUCUCCCCAAGCAAAAGCCCUCGUCCUGGCAAAGCAGGAUAUUUCACACGCAACGUUUUCGCGGUUCCGUCUGCCCUCUGUUCCGUCCACUCCCAGCACAGAUACGCAAACCGCCAUCGUGGAAUGGAAGGAGGGCAGAGGACUCUCGCCUGAAUUGCCCACCAUGAACCCGAACCUAGUCACUCGCAAGCAUCGCUACACGUACGCAGUGGUCAAUCGCGGUGAAUCGACCUUCUUUGACGGGAUUGUCAAAUUCGACAGCGAGACCAGGAAAGUCCUGCUAUGGGCGCACCACGCGCAGUCCCCUGGAGAACCCAUCUUUGUUGCGGACCCGAACGGCUCCAAGGAAGAUGACGGGGUGCUGUUGAGCGUGGUGCUGAAUGGCAGAACAGGCAAGAGUUUUCUUCUGUGUCUGGAUGCCCAUAACCUUACAGAGCUGGGGCGCGCGAAUGUCGGCGGGCCGGUAGCGUUUGGAUUCCACGGCCAACAUAUUCCAACGAGGGGGGUGCCGACGGGGGAUUACUGA